AUGCCUUCCACACAGUCACAAAAUCGUAAUCGUCGUCGUCGUGGUGCUGACCACAAGGUAAUCCAAUUUGCCACACCACCUGAAGAUGAAACAUGGAUGGAUGACAAGGAUGUAAAGACACCAGAAGGAACUAGCCGAAGGAAUUUGAUCAUCAAUGCGGUUGGGGUUGGACUGUUGGGAGCUUCUGGUUGGGCUUCGGCAUCUCUCUACAAGACCAACGUGUACACACCAGAUGGGUUUCAAAGAAUCUAUCCAACACAGUUCAUUGCUGCUCUCGGCGACCCAAAAGCUAAAGAAGGCAAGGGAGCUCAAGAUUGGGGAAUUUGGCGAGUCGAUCCUGGUCCACGAGGAGUCUGGCUGAAGCAAUACGAAUCACAAUUGGCUCAACAAAACAACGUGGCUCCUGCCGGAUGGACCUUUGAUCCCAACAAUUGGUGGGUGGAGGAGCACGGACUGAUUAUGGAAGCACCCGAAUUUCCACUUUCACCAGGGCGAUAUCUUGUCACUGGUGGUCGGACCACCACCACUGGUCUGACAAUUGAUGCCCAAGGGGGCUGGAAGCUGGAUGAAGGAGCACUGUACGACGUGACGCACUUGCCAUGUCGAUCAGCAAAGUACACUCCAGAUAGUAGUAGUUCGACCCCUGGUUCUCCCUUGACAGCCAAUCCUUCCAACUUUCCAGUAGCACCAGGAGCCGCCAUGCCACCGGUUCAAGGCUGCAAGAAGCAAGAUUAUGCGGUGCUCUUUGUCGUAGGAAAGGUUAUUGGAAAGGGCGAAAACCGGGCAUGA